AUGAAGCUCACCUUCAAGGACCUCAAGCAGGCCAAGUUCCAAGUCGAGGCCGAGCCGACCGACACCAUCGGCUCUGUCAAGGAGAAGAUCAGCAAGGAGAAGGGAUGGGAGCCGUCUACUCAGAAGCUCAUCUACUCGGGAAAGAUUUUGCAAGAUGACAACACCAUCGAGUCGUACAAGAUCGAAGAGAAGGGCUUCAUUGUCUGCAUGACAUCGAAGCCAAAAGCACCGCCUUCGAAGCCCGCCGACCCAGCAACCCCAGCUAAGUCAGUAGCAAGCACUCCAGCUCCGCCCGCCGCUCCAGCACAAUUCGCAACGUCAGCCGCCUCGCAAGCACCAGCUACUCCGUCCCCAGCUCCAGCGUCCACAGCUUCCGGCGAUGUAGCGACGUUCAACGACCCUUCUGCGCUGGCCAUGGGCGAGCAGCGUGCCGCUGCAAUUGCGAAUAUGGAAGCAAUGGGCUUUCCUCGAGACCAGAUCGAUGCUGCAAUGCGCGCCGCCUUCUUCAACCCCGAUCGUGCAGUCGAGUACCUCUUGAACGGCAUUCCGGAGAGCGCGAGACAAGAGCAGCGUCCAGCUGCCGCAGCACCGCGGCCAGCUUCGCAACAAGCCCAGCAGGCAGCCGCUACGACUGCGACUGCAACUGAGGCACCCCAGGCUGGAGGUGACGAGCCUGUCAAUCUCUUCGAGCAGGCGGCUGCGCAGGGUGGUGGAGGCCGAGGUGGAGCUACUCGUGGAGCAGGAGCAGGAGCAGGAGCAGGAGCUGGUGCUCAAGGCGGGGCUGCUGCAGCUCCAGAAGGUGGUGCUUCACUUGAUUUUCUUCGCAACAACCCACAAUUCCAGCAGCUUCGGCAAGUCGUGCAGCAGCAGCCGCAAAUGCUCGAGCCCAUUCUUCAGCAAGUUGCAGCUGGUAACCCACAACUGGCCCAGAUCAUCACGCAGAAUCCAGAGCAGUUCAUGCAGCUGCUUGCUGAGGAUUCUGGGGACGACGUUGCUCUUCCACCAGGCGCUCAGCAAAUAUCGGUCACCGAGGAGGAGCGUGAGGCUAUUGAGCGACUUUGCCGCCUCGGCUUCGAGCGUGACUUGGUCAUUCAAGCAUAUUUCGCGUGCGACAAGAACGAGGAAUUGGCGGCGAAUUUCUUGUUCGACCAGCCGGACGAUGAAGGAGAU